GUCAAACAUAAGGACUGGAUAUCUAUUGGAGGGACCAAUUCCUGUGUCCGACUGAAGACCAAUACCUGGAUAUGAUUCGCAAGAAAACGGGCGGACUCUUCACAAUGGCUGUCAAAUUCAGUCAAUUGUUAAGCAAUUGUCAUGAAAUAGAUUUUCAGCCAUUUAUCCACAUUUUGGGCGAUUAUUUCCAGAUUAGAGACGAUUACGCAAAUCUGGUUUCAGAUCAGUACAACGAAAGCAAAACUUUUUGCGAAGACUUGACUGAAGGAAAGUUUUCAUUUCCAAUAAUACACGCGAUUAACAGCGAUCUCAACGACACUACAGUUAUCGAUAUACUACGGAUGCGAACCAGAGAUCGCGUACUGAAGGAAAAGGCGUUGAAAAAAAUGCAGAGUUUAGGUUCACUCGAGUAUACAUUGAAUCGUAUGAAACAAUUGGAUGCUAUAGCCAGGGAUGAGGUGAAACGAUUGGGUGAUAAUCCGGAAAUGAUCAUGAUUUUGGAUAUUCUCAACAAAAUU